GAGAGGAGGAAGAGAGGAGGAGAAUAAGAGAAAGAAUGGAGGAAGAGAGGAGGAGGAUGAGAGAAAGAGUGGUGGAGGAGGAGAGGAGGAGCAGAAAAGGUGAAGAAAGAGGGGGAAGGAGAGGAGUGGAGGAGGACAGAAAGAGAAGGAGAAGGAGAGAAGGUGAGAGAAACAGAAGAAGUGCAGGAGGAUGACAGAAAGAGGAGGACAAUGAGGCAAAGAGGAGACGAGGGAGAGAGGAAGAGGAGGAGCAGAGAAGGAGAGGAGGGGGAUGAGAGAAAUAGGAGAGGAGGAGAGGAAGAAACAUAGGAGAAGAUUAGCGGGUUAAACAAGAUAAGAGCGGGAGAGUGAAGGAAGAGUGCAGAUGAAGAAAGAAGGAGGAGAAGGAAGGGAGAGGAACAAAGGAGGAGAGAUGGAUGUGAGGAGGGAAUGAGGAGGUGCACAUGUGGUUGCAGAGGAAAAUAGGAGCAGUGAUGAGGAGGAGCAGAGGAGUGAGUGAGCAUGCUCAGAAAUAGUAAAUCCUCCAUGAUGAUGAUGCAGCAACAAACACAAUAAAGUUUCUGUUUAAAUCUGCUGCACCUCCUGCAUCACCUCCCGCAGCACCUCCUCCUCCUCCUCCUCCUCUGUGUCUGUUAGCCCGCAGGCUAACAUGCCAAGCAGCAGACGGCGGAAUGGUCCGGGCGGUGACAGACGGUCACGGACGGGAAAACAUCACUGCUGCUGCCGCACAGAGGCUGUGGAGGAGGCGGGGGUUCGGAGGACCGGUGAGACGGAGGAGGACAGACCGGGAGAAGAGGAGGACACAGCGAGAGAGGAGGAGGACAGACCGGGAGAAGAGGAGGACAGACAGGUGUCUUACCUCCACACUGCUGCUGCUGCGGUCCGUCUGCUGCUCCACCCAGCUGAAGCACGGAGAGGGAGGGGGGCGCUGCUGCAUGCCGGGAGGAGGCGGCUGUUACCAUGGCAACCCGCUGCAUCACCGCAUCCCGAGGACACGGAGUUUCAGUGUGUUCGCUCUGCUGAGCCACAACAUUAAAACCACUCCAGGCGAAAAGAGAAACAUCAGUCACCUGGUUACCAUAGCCGGGGGCGGCACAGCUUGUGGGUAGAGUGGAUGUCUUGUAACUGGAAGGUUGCUGGUUCGAUCCUCGGCCCGUCGAGCUCCUGUUGAGGUGUCCCUGAGCAAGACAUCUAACCCCUAAUUGCUCCUGACGCACCGUGACAUAACACGUCCAUGCACACGGUCAGAGGUGUUUGAAAGAUGAAAACAGGAAGAGCAAGAGUGGUGUGGAGAAGAGUGAAAACAGCAAGGUCAUGUCAAGGUGUUGAGAGAGCUGAGGAGCAGGAAGAGGGAGAACCAGAGGAGUUGGAGGAGGAUGGAGAGGAGGCAGUGGAAGUGACAGCAUGAAGGGACAGUAAGGGGAUCAGUGUGGAUCAAAUACUGCACCAUCAGGUUUGUGAUGUAGAAAGUGUGUUUAUAUUUGCAAUUUGCAAAUCAGUGUGAAUACAAUUUAUAGCACUGUGUCCAUAAAAUGUUGCUUUCUUCUGUAGAUUAUUUUAUUGUGUCUAUGUGACAUUCUGCCCUUACUGUGCAUCUUUCCACAGAUAUUCGCCAGUUCAGGAAUGAUGUAGGACUCAUGACUGUGGAAUCCAGACAGGCCUUAGAUCUUAAUGUAUUUGUGGACCAGUUUCCCAGACAACACAACCAUCGCUUCCUGUUGCUGUAGUGAUAGUGGAUUUUUACAUCAGGAAACCAAACCGCUUAAUGUGACUGAUUUCAAAUGUUGCUGAUGUUGCACAUUUCAAGACUGGCCCUGAUAAACUCACUGUUUCAGCUGAUGGAGUUUUUGUUGAGAAAAAAAAACGUGUUUGAUUUUAACAUAAAGUAAAAUAUAAGUUUAAAGUGUUUAAAUGUCAUUGUGGGUGUUUUUUUAAUGUGCCCCUGUGACUAAACACUGGCCCCACCUUGCCAGUCAAGUAAAAUUUAUCUGGAACCAUCAUUUGUUCUUCAGUUUGAACGAUCCAGCAUCUCUGCUGCUGCCUGCUGGACACAGUUUUAACUACAACAGUGUGACUCAAGAGGAAAGACAACAUGAAUGAAUGAAUGAAUGAAUGAAUGAAUGAAUGAAUGAAUGAAUGAAUGAAUAUUUCUGUCCGUAAAAAUGUAGAAGUUUCAUAUUUAUAGUGUUUUUUCCUGUUUCUCUGCUCACAAAUGUUUGAUACCAUCAGACUGUAUCACUCCUGACUUCAGUCCUGAUCUAACCUGUUUCAGUUUUACAACCAUGAAUGUCUCGGGUCUGAUGUUCCAUCUGAAAAAUGAACCAAACCUCAGCCUAAAAUCAUGAUCUUUAACCAGAACAACUGUAUUGUACGUGUCUCAUUUUGGUUAUUUUAUGAUUUAAGUAGCAAGUGGUUGGAAAAUACAUUCAACACGGUGAAACAUCUUUCUACAGCUGAUGAGCAGAAUAGACAGGAAAAGUCUGGAGAGGAAACAGAGAUAUAAAAUAUCUACAAUAUGAGGAGACAACAUCAGUUCAAGUGUUUUAACAGCUGUGGAAACAUGUUGGACAUGUCGGUUUUACAGAUUUGUAAAAUAAUUAACUUUUUUCUGAUUCAUGUCAUUCCAACGUUUCUGGGUUCUCUCUCCUUCUAUAUAACUAUAAAAAUAUAACUAAAUACAAAACUUCACGAUGCUCUGUUUCUAUAGAGGUGCAGGAUUUUAGAUUGCAGUAAAACAUUUGUCCAAUUUGUUGUCUUCCAUAACCCAGAUAGCAAACUAUGGGUGAAUCAAUGUUGAAUCUAUGUUGAGACCUAACGUCGAAAUUAUACAGAAAGCGCAAGGUUGAUAAAAUGUUGAGUCAACGUUUGCUUACAUAGAUUACAUGUUUGCAAACAUAGAUUCAACAUUAAUUCAACACUGAGCUGUCAAACAUUUUAAUUAAACCAAAAUACAAUGUAGAUUCAAUGGUAUCUUUUAAACACAAACUUCAAUGUUAACAAAAUGUUGUUGAAUCAACGUUGAUCCAUCCAUCAAUCUUCAACCAUAACCACAAUUCAACCUUCUUAACCCUAAUUCAACAUUGAUUGAACAUCUUUUGCUAUCUGGGUAAAGUGUGAUUUAUGGUUGAAAAGCAAACAUUGACUCAACAUUUUAUCAACCUUGUGCUUUCUGUAUAAUUUCGACGUUAGGUCUCAACAUAGAUUCAACAUUGAUUCACUCAUAGUUUGCUAUCUGGGAAAGGUUUGAACAACACUGUGUGCUUCAGGUUUAUAAAGACAAACUGAAGGUCGACAGAGUGAGUGUCAGUAAUGGAGAUGGCUGCUUUGACAGCACGUCACACACACACAUAUAUCUACUGUUACACACUGACAGAGACCACCACAAAUACACAACUGUGUGUCCCUGAGUCGUAUUGUAACAUAAAGAAACCAGCGAUGCAAACUGCUGUCACAAUACACAACUGGUCCAGAUGUUUGAAAGAGAACAGUUCAUGAAGCUGCUUUCAGUUUAAGGUUAGGGUUAGUCAGUGCAAAACAGGUUCAAAACCAAUGUAAAACUGGUUCAAAACCAGUGUUAAAACUGGUCCAAAACUAGUGUAAAACUGGUUCAAAACCAGUGUUAAAACUGGUCCAAAACUAAUGUAAAACUGGUUCAAAACCAGUGUUAAAACUGGUUCAAAACUAGCGUAAAGCUGGUCCAAAACUGGUCCAAAACCAGUACAAAAAUGGUCCAAAACUGGUCCAAACAUGUUCAUGUGGUUGUUCUGGUCAUGGAUUGGAUUGUUAGCGUGGUUCCAGAGAACUUGGAGGCUGCGGUUCUUCAGAGUUCUGUGUGGUUGCUCUUUCAACCUCUAUUAAACACAGCAGAGCACCAACAGAACAAUGACUGGUAGUAAACAGAACCUGAGGUUUGGGUCAGUUCCAGAAUCUGAGGACUCUCUAUGCCGGUCUGAGGUAUCCCACCUCACAGCCUCAGUCCUCACAGUAUUGACUUUGUGUCCCUGUUUUCAGUCGGAAGGUCGUUGAGAACGAAGGGACCGUGUGCGGUUCAGAAACGUGAGAACACGCUAAUGGACGGAUAAACGGCGCCGCUGAGGCCACUUCCUCACACUGUUACUGCUCGUCCUUAAAUGUCAGUGUGGCUCAGUGUCAGCCAAUCAGAGCACUGCAUCUGUCAGCUCGCUCUAAAGUUGCAGGCUGAAGGACACUGACUGUCAUUGACCGGUUUAAAGGACGUCUACGGUACUGUAUGUAGGUUAACACUCACACACACCUGGACAGUACACCUGUGAGCAGCUUCAACGGGCAAACAGAACAAGAACACAGGAUCUGCUGUGGACAAGGGACUGCACGGUGGAUCGGUGGUUAGCACUGCCACCUCACAGUCAGAAGAUCCUCAGUCUGGAUCUGAAUGCUAGUGUGUGUGUUCGUCUCUAUGUGUAGCCCUGUGAUAGACUGGUGGGAUAGACUCGACCCUAUUGAGGAUUAAGCCGUGUAUGAACGAUGGAUGGAUGGAUGGAUGGAUGGAUGGAUGGAUGGAUGGAUGGAUGAGACUCUGCACACGUCUGUUUCAUGAGACAUUUACACUAUGAUUCUGGAAAACUACACAAAGACAUACUGUCACAACAACGUACCGCAAACAAACCAAACACAGACAGAUGUGAAACACCAAAAUGUGACACAAAACAAUAAAAAAAAUUAAUGCAAAAGUACCAAAAUUAAAUGAAAGAACCACAGAAAGAUAUAAAACAACACAAAUAUGAUUAAAAAGAACAAAAUGUGACAGAAAUGUACCACAACUAAUCAUGUAAUGCCGCAGAACAUUUUAUAGAAGAACAUUCUAUAAGGAGUUCUUAAAACAAUAAAUCCCAGUAUUGGACUAUAACCUUGAUAACAUUUGAAAAACAUUUUUAGAAUGUUGAUUUUAGCACCUUGAAGAUCACAGGAACAUUAUGUGAAAUACCAUCAAACACACAAACAGAUUUAAAUAUUUUUCUUUCAAACAUUAUUAGAACCUGUAGAGAACAUUUCAUGCUAAGUCUUCAGGUGGGCUAAGAACAUCUGAAGACUUCUUUUAAAGAACUAACAGUUGUGACGCUGGCAGUCUGAACUAAAGAAGCAGCACCAACCUCAGUGUGUUUCAUGAGAAUGGUUCAGCUUCUUCUCAUCUCAGAGCUUCAUCACUUCUCCAUCCAGUGUUUUUUCAUGAAGGUAACUCAGGUGAAGAUCUGACCUGAUUUUUAGACAUAAAUGUGUAAAUUAUCAUUAAAAGCCUCUUUUCUGACUUCACUCCUGAAACAUUCAAAGGAUUCAGUUUCGCAUGGACUUCACCUGCACACAGAGAGAGCCUGUGUGCUGAGACCACCCACCUGGACACGCCUGAGCUUUAUAAGAGACACGACUCACACUGGCAGAGGCAGGCAGGUAAACACACCUGGAUGUCUCUUCAUCAUCAGUCCCGACCAGCUCACCUGUGAUCCCGGACCAGGUGUUGGACUCUUGCUCCCAUGAUGCUCAUCUCUCGCUGCCUGUGUCUCAUCCUGAGUGACAUCAUCACCCCAUCCUGCUUACAUCACAUCCUGCUGGAGUUCUUAGGCACCGCCCUCUUCCUGUCGGCCAGCCUAUCAGGUGUCCUGAUGCUGCCGGCUGCUGGACCGGAUCAGCCGACCAAUCAGAGCGUCCCGUCUGCAGCUCCGUCUGGACUAGCACCUGUCUCACCUGCGUGCCCCCUGCAGGUGGCGCUGGUCUUCGGUCUGUCAGUUGCCAUGGCAGCAGUCUGUGUGGGCGGGGGCGUUCACCUGAACCCAGCAGUUACCAUAGCAAUGGCCCUGACCCUGAGGCUCCACCUGUGGAGAGCAGCUCUGUAUGUGAUUGGUCAGCUGCUGGGGGGCGUCACCUCUGCAGCGCUGAUGCUGGUUCUGACUGGAGACGUGACACCUGCUCUCAACCAGGUGUCUGCCGGUGUCUGGCUCCACCAGGCAGUCAUUGUGGAAAUGCUGGUGACCCUCCAGCUGGUCCUGGUUGUCAUGGCGACCACCGACGUCCCCCUGCCAACUGUGGUGCCUCCCCUGUUGGUGGGUCUGGCUGUCGGUCUGGGUCACCUGGUGGCUGUGAGCUCCACAGGGUGUGGGAUGAAUCCAGCUCGAUCCUUCGGUCCGGCUGUUAUCGCACUGGACUUCACCGAUCACUGGGUGUUCUGGGCGGGGCCUGGCUUGGGGGCGUGUCUCGCCGCUCUGCUGAACGACCUGCUGCUGCGGCGGCGAUGGCAUCGCUCCGGAGACUGGUGGGCGGAGCUGAAACGGCUGCACGUGCUCAGUGAGAAGCAGCAGCAGGUGGCGUUGCCAAACCUGCAGUAACACACACAACAGACACACACAGACACACACUCCGUGACAUAACUGUAAGGCUUUGUUAUAUUUUUGAAUUAUUAUUUCUAUUAUUAUUAUUGUUUCUGCAUUUUUCUGCUAUUUCUGAACAUCUGGACAACAAAUAUGUCUGUUAUUGUGGGAAAAUAAACCUCAGAUCAUCAAA